AUGCAGAGCCUCGACAAAAAUACCGGCCUUUCAGGUACUGGAGGAUUCGCCUGCCCGCAAACCCCGCCUCCACUCUACGCGUCAACAAGGGACUCUUUGGAGGAGAUUAACGACAGUGACUCUGAUGAAGAACCUCCAACGUCUUUCCCCAAGCACCUCCCGUACCGCCUCCCACCGCCGCCUCUACAAAAGCGUCUCUGGCACAGCGAUACUUUUCGCAUCGCUAUGGCCUCAUCCUACUUGCUCAUAAUCUUAGCUGGCACAGUCACAGGCGCAGCCUUCCUCAUAAUCUUCUUUCAGAAGGGAAGCUUUUACCCGAAGGCUGUUGCUAGUAUGCGAACGAAUGAAAGAGACCAGGACAGCAAUGAUGACGACAAUACAGACAACAGUCGCGAUUGUGAGUACUGUAGUUGGCGGACUAGGCAAAGAAAUGGGCCCUGUGACGACGACGACGACGACGAUAUAGAAGGGGUGGCUGUGGCGUAUUAUUGA